GUGUUCGUGCAUCAGCCCCCCUGUCCCGCAGGGCCGGGGGGCGGCGGGGGGCGCCUCUCCGUGCGAGAGUGGGCUCUGCCUUGUGGGGAAAUAAAAUGCCCGGUAAGGCGUACUGACGGUGUCCACAGGCAAGGGGCCGGCACAGGGCGGGCGUGCCGACAUGGAGGGAGAUGAAGAGGAAGACUACAUGUCUGAUUCGUUUAUUAAACAGGAUGUAAGGCCAGGCUUGCCCAUGGUAAGGCGGGUAAAGGAAGCUAUUCAGAAAGAAGAAAAGCAAAAGGAAGCCAAUGAGAAGAACAGGCAAAAGAGUAUAAAAGAAGAAGAAAAAGAGAGGCGAGACUUGGUGUUGAAAAGUGCGUUGGGCAACGAGAACAAAGGCUUUGCUUUGCUCCAGAAGAUGGGCUACAAGAGCGGCCAGGCCCUUGGCAAAAGCGGAGAAGGCAUUGUUGAACCUAUUCCUCUGAACAUAAAAACAGGCAGAAGUGGUCUUGGUCAUGAGGAAUUAAAAAAGCGAAAAGCUGAAGAAAAACUGGAAAACUAUAGACAAAAACUCCAUAUGAAAAAACAAGCAAAUGAACAAGCUGCAGAUCAGUUCAGAAUAAGAUUCAAAAACAAACAAGAAGAACGUAAGAUGGAAGGGGACCUGCGAAAAAGCCAGAGGGCCUGCCAGCAAUUAGAUAUGCAAAAAGACAUUGAAGUUCCCAGAGAGACUUGGUUUUGGAUAGAACCUGAAGAGGAAGACAAAAAGGAUGAGGAAGACAAAGAAGAUGAAUGCACAAGCUCAGACUUAAGUGUAUCAGAAAAGCUACACAUCCUGACAGCCUACUUGAGAAAAGAACACUUCUAUUGCAUUUGGUGUGGAACAACCUAUGAAGACUCUGAAGAUUUAUCUUCAAACUGUCCCGGAGACAGUGCUGCAGAUCAUGACUAAAACCUUUCUAAAGGAAGGAGUCCUAAAUAAAGUUAUGUUGGCUCUACAGCACUGAACAGUUUGACAAGAUACAGCUCCAAGGCAAGCAGUUGGAAGGACUAACAUGCCUGUCUUUUCGCCCUGCUCCCCACCACCCCACACACAAUACUUUGAGUUCAGGCAACUCUGAACUCUUUGAAGUAUAUAACUGAAGAGUAACAGAAAAACUGCUGUUAACUUUUGUGGGGCUGACAGUGGAACCACCAGAGGUAUUCAGUACACUGAAUUAAGGGUUAGGCAUUCCUCAGUAUUAUAAUAGGGAUUAAAACCUAGCAGCAUAGGAAGGAAUGUUAAAAGUGCUCUCUCAGCAUAGGACUUCAAAUGAUUACUACUGAGGAAACUCUGGAGAAUUUUGCUAUAUUAAUAGCACCUUAAGUGUUCCUUUCAAAAAAAUAAAAACAAACCAAACCAUCAAAACCCAAGUUUUUCAGAAGUUUAGAACUUUCUCAAGUAGAUUUCCUAGAAGCUGAACAUUUAACAUUUAAAUUCUUAAAUGCUUACUUUAAAAGUAUAUCUUAUUAAAUUUUAGAGCACUGAAGGUGCUAGGUCAUCAACAGAUGUAAACAGAUAAAAAAGCUCACCUUACAGUACUGAAAUUCAGUGAAGAAUAACCCAUGCCUAUUCCUAGUAUCUUUUUUACCAAAACUAGUCUUAGUUUUAAUGGGAGCAUUCCAGUAAUUAUUAAAAGUAUCACUGAAAAAUCAGAAAGGUUUGAGUCACAUACCAGAAGACAGCACUUCUUCCAUGGAAAGCAACAGAUAACCUCAAAGAAUAAUGGAUGCAGCACCACAUCCAGGGAUUUGCCACAGGCCAGUUAGCACUUAAGCCCAUCAACAUAAUCUUCUAACAGAAAAGGACUAGGUUCUUUUACUUAUUUGUAGAAUACAGUUC